CCCACUUCCACUCCACUCGAGGACCGUUGCGAGCUUUCGGUAUCGUUACCGAGCGCGGCGCAGCAUGGCGGACAGCGCGAGCGAGAGCGACACGGACGGCGCGGGCAGCAGCAGCAGCUCCGCCACCCCGCAGUCCUCUUGCACCUCGGCGGCCACCUCCACCGCGACCACAACAAACGCAGCCAGCAAAGCGCAGGGCGUCGUGAUCUCGCAGUCCAGACUGGAGGAGUUAACAAACAGGCUCGCGUCGCUGCAGCAGGAGAACAAAGUGCUGAAGAUCGAGCUGGAGACGUUCAAGCUGAAGUGCAAAGCGCUGCAGGAGGAGAACCGCGACCUACGCAAGGCUAGCGUUACAAUCCAAGCGCGAGCCGAACAAGAAGAGGAGUUCAUCUCCAACACCUUAUUCAAGAAGAUUCAGGCUCUGCAGAAGGAGAAGGAGACACUCGCUGUCAACUAUGAGAAAGAAGAGGAGUUCCUUACCAAUGAUUUGUCCAGGAAACUUAUGCAGCUUCAGCAUGAGAAGGCCGAGUUGGAGCAGCAUUUGGAGCAGGAGCAGGAGUUUCAAGUCAAUAAACUGAUGAAGAAGAUCAAAAAACUGGAGAACGAUACCAUCUCCAAACAGCUGACUCUAGAGCAGCUGCGGCGUGAGAAGAUUGAUCUGGAAAACACUCUGGAACAGGAGCAGGAGGCACUGGUCAACCGGCUUUGGAAACGAAUGGACAAACUUGAGGCAGAGAAAAGGAUUCUGCAGGAGAAGCUUGACCAGCCAGUGUCAGCACCGCCCUCUCCACGUGAGGUUUCAAUGGAGAUUGACUCUCCGGAGAACAUGAUGCGACACAUUCGCUUCCUGAAGAGUGAAGUGGAGAGGCUGAAGCGCAGUCUCCGCACUACAGAACUACAGCACACAGAGAAGCGGGCUCAGUAUAUCGAGGAGGAAAGGCAGAUGCGGGAGGAGAACAUUCGACUCCAGAGGAAACUGCAGAGAGAAAUGGAGAGAAGAGAGGCUCUGUGUAGACAACUGUCAGAGAGCGAGAGCAGCCUCGAGAUGGAUGACGAGAGGUAUUUUAAUGAGAUGUCUGCUCAGGGUCUGAGAGCUCGUACAGUUUCCAGCCCAAUCCCGUACACCCCAUCCCCCUCCUCAAGCCGGCCCAUUUCCCCUGGUUUGUCGUACGCUAGUCACACGGUUGGCUUCACUCCUCCAGCCACGCUGAGCCGAGCACCGCUUCCCCACUACACGUCUCCUGGCCUGCACAUCCACCCAGGACCCUCACACUCUGUACAGAGGCCGUCCCCAAGGAGAAGCACCAGCCCAGAUAAGUUCAAGCGCCCGACGCCUCCUCCCUCCCCGAACACACACUCUGGAGCACAGCAUCCUCCUCCUCCUCCUCCACAGCCCAUGGUUCAGUCCGGCUCCUCCCACUCUGUGACAUCACAGAACCCCCUUUCUCAGCCUUAAUGCAUGCACCGUGCGCUACCUUAAGCUAGGCUGCUCCAAGCUAGGCUAUACUACUUCUACUACAACAACAACAACAGCAGCAGCAACAACAACUCAGUGAUUCUCCACUGGGCAAAGGUUGGAAGGGAUUGGAGCGGAUGUGGAAUUUAGAGGACAGUUGGACUGGGAAUGUGAAAAGUGAGAUUGUGUAGAUGCUUGGCCGACUGACAGGUCCAUAACCAGCCCCAUGCCGUUAAAUUUUGUUAUUCUUACUGGGUUUUUUUUUCAGUGAAGUGAUUGAGCUGGUAUUUGGAAAUGAUUGAGAAGGUUUAAGAGAGAGUUGUCAGCUGCCUAUGUCUGCAUUUUGUUUGUGGGACGUCUGUCCCUUGCCCCUGUUCAAUCUUAAUCGUUUUAACAGAUCAACUGUUAAAUGCUAAUCAAAAUUGUGUCAUUUAAUAAACGACAACACGUUCAAUUGGAUGAUAUAUGAUUCUUAUAUGACAAGGCUGAAAGGCCUGUAUCUGAGCACAUUUGCCAUGGGGGCGGCAGUAAAAUGUUUUUCUUUAGUUUUAUUGUCUGUUUGUUUUAGGCAGUUUGUGUUUGUGAAACAGAAGUGUGCGCGUGUGGCUCUCAUUGGCAGCAUGUAGAUGGUAAAGAAAGCAGACUGAAAUGUACUGCAAGAGCACUUGUUGCCUCUCUGCGUGUGUAUUAUAGUAGCAUUGUAGUGUUUGUGUGUGUGUGUGUGUGUGUGUGUGCGGGUGUUUGCGUGUGUCUGCACAGCCAUAGAGGUUUCCCACGACUGCUGGUCUGGGACCAGUCUCUCCCUGCUAGAAUCCAAACAUCAUCCACUACGAAAAAACAAAGUCAAAACUGGUUUCUGAUCAGCAGCUCAAUCUGUCUCAGAGCUCUCGCUGUAAAGUGAGCGUCCUCAAUGCUUAAUCAGAUGGGGAUUUUUGCUUAAUGCCAGUGUCAUAUAACACCUGAACACGAACAGACAUGUUGAUGCAACAAAACAAGGUACUGUUGAACAAUUAACUCAACAUGAUUAAAUGCUUGUACAAAA